AUGGCCACGACAACAGCGGUGAUUUCGGACCAGCGGACCAAGAAAAACCGCAUCCUUUCGCCCGAAGACGUCACAGACCUCAUCGCCGCGGGAAAAGCCAUCGUCAUCUACAAAGAUAACGUCUUGAAUCUCACCCCAUGGCUCAAAUUUCAUCCAGGAGGCGAUAAGGCCGUCUACCAUAUGGUCGGCAGAGAUGCGACCGAUGAGAUGGAGGUUUAUCAUUCGGAGGAAGUGAUCUCCAAGUUCACCAAGUGGAAGAUUGGACAGAUCGACUACCAGUGGGAGAACAUGCUUCCACCAAUCCAGGGUGGAAUCUACAAACUGAAAGACCUGAAUGGGCAAUCAUUAGAACAAAAUAGAAAAUCUCCUAAAUUGGCGGGAGAGCUGGACGGACCAGUGACACCCAUCGUACCACAGGGCGUCAGAUACGUAGAUAAGAACGACAAGGACAAAUACUUUCCAAUUUGCGAAAGAGAUGUUGUGGUGGAUCCAAAACAGUUGAUGGAGCUGUACGAGAAUGGCCUCGCUCGCUCCGAGUUGCUCGAGCUUCCACUGCUUGACUACGCUACCCAAAAUGAUAUCAAGAACCAAUACCACAAGCUACACGCAAAGAUCAUUCGCGCUGGCUUGUACAAGUGUGAUUAUGGGAACUAUGCACGGGAGCUCAUAAAGAUUGGCUCUCUAUUCUUGUACUCAUUCUCGUUUCUUAGCAUCAAACAAUAUGUUCUCAGUGCCGUCUUCAUUGCCAUGGCCUGGCAUCAGAUGACCUUCAUAGCGCACGAUGCUGGACAUGUUUCGCUAUCCCACAAUUACCAAGUAGAUAACAUUUUUGGCAUGAUCAUCGCCGACUGGUUCGGUGGUCUCAGUUUGGGCUGGUGGAAGCGUAAUCAUAACGUACACCAUCUCGUCACAAAUGACCCUGUCCAUGACCCCGAUAUCCAACACUUGCCUUUCUUUGCAGUGACGACGCGUCUUUUCGACAAUGUUUACUCAACAUAUUAUGACAAGUUCCUCUGGUUCGAUGCGUUCGCUAAGAAAGUGAUCCCUUAUCAAAACUAUCUCUACUACCCCAUCUUGACCUUUGGGCGUUUCAAUCUUUAUAGAUUGUCCUGGACACACCUUCUUUUGGGCCAGGGUCCACGUAAGGGUCCGGCUGCAUGGUUCAGACAUUUUGAACUUGCGGGGCUUUCCUUUUUCUUUUAUUGGUUCUUCUACGUCUUGGUUGGUGGCAUUGAUGGGGGUUGGAAUAAAUUCAAGUACGUCAUGAUCAGUCACAUGAGUACCAUGUUGGUUCAUGUUCAAAUCACUCUUUCCCACUUUGCAAUGUCGACCUCGGACUUGGGUGUCAGUGAGAGUUUCCCUUCUAGACAGCUUAGAACUAGUAUGGACGUCGAUUGUCCCGAAUGGCUCGACUUUCUCCACGGUGGACUUCAGUUUCAAGCCAUCCAUCAUUUGUUUCCAAGAUUGCCUCGUCAUAAUUUAAGAAAGGCACAAUCGUACGUGAUUGACUUCUGCAAGGAGGUAGGAUUGCCAUAUUCCAUUUAUGGCUUUGGUAAGGGAAAUGAGAUUGUCAUUGGAAAGUUAGGAGAAAUCGGUAAGCAAUGCUCGAUCAUGUUGGAUUGCACAAAGAAAAUGAGAGAAGAUCAGAUUUACGACAUUUAA